GCCUUCAGUGUUUAACCGACUUGUGUGUUUGUACAGCUUCAACAUGUAUAUUCUUCUGUGGAACGCUGGGAUCCUAGGAAUUCUCACCCCACAGGUGCUGGGCUGGGGGAUCCAGUAUGACGGGGACCAAGUGUUACGAAUCAUCCCUGAGAAUGUGAAACAGGUCCAAUGCUUGCAGGAAAUGUGUCAAUCAUGGAUGCUGGAUCUCUGGAAGCCUCUACAGCCAGAAGAUAUCACUGUCGGGAAUGUUGUGCAUGUCAGGAUCCCAUCGACUGCUCUGCAGCCCAUGAAACAGGACCUGCUUCACUGUUCACUAUCUUUUGAAAUCCUGAUAGACAAUGUAAAACACUUGGUGGGUCCAAAACCGAAGGGUACAGAACAAAGGCACAAGAGGUCCCUGGCAAGCUACAACUACACCAAAUAUAAUUCAAUGGAAGAGAUUUAUCACUGGAUUAGUCAGAUGUCAGAGAGCAACCAAGGCUUAGUAACACAACAUUUUUUGGGCACAACAUAUGAAUUAAGACCCAUGCACUACCUGAAGAUAAGUCUUCAGUCAAAUAAAUCAAAAAAGAUUGUCUGGAUAGAUUGUGGAAUACAUGCCAGAGAAUGGAUUGCCCCAGCCUUCUGCCAGUGGUUUGUCAAAGAGAUUGUCCAGAAACACAAGAGUGAUCCCAAGAUCAGUAAAAUCCUCCAGAACAUUGAUAUCUAUGUCUUACCUGUUCUCAACGUUGAUGGUUAUAUCUACUCCUGGACACAUGAAAGACUCUGGAGAAAAUCUCGCUCUCAGCAUGAGAAUGGCACCUGCUAUGGAGUGGACCUUAACCGUAACUUUAACAUAAAGUGGUGCACUCUUGGGUCUUCUACCAACUGCAGCUCCAAUUCUUUCUGUGGGAGUUCACCUGCUUCUGAACCAGAAACUAAGGCAGUGGUCAAUUUCAUAGAGAAAAAUAAGUCAGAUAUGAUAUGCUACCUCACUAUACACUCAUAUAGUCAGUUCAUCUUGACUGCAUAUGGAUACACAACAGAACUACCAAGGAAUUAUAAUGAAACGAUUAAAGUGGCCAGGAUGGCUGCCUCUGAACUGAAGAAGAAACAUGGCAUAGAUUACAGUGUAGGAACCUUCUCCAAACUCCUUUAUGAAGCCUCAGGAACCUCACAAGACUGGGUCCACGAUCUUGGAAUAGACUUUUCAUUUACUUUGGAGUUGAGAGACAACGGAACCCAUAAAUUCAUAUUACCGGAGGACCAAAUCCGUCCAACUUGUGAAGAGACCAUGGCAGCUGUGAUGACAAUUAUAGAUUAUGUCGAUGACAAAUAUUUUCCAAAUAGCGCACCUGUUGUCUCCUUUUUUUUCUGGUCUAAAGUUUUCGUCACAUAUACUGUUCUCCAAAUGAUGUGAAGUAUGU